UCUGACCAGUGCACAGUUAUCAUGGUUAUCGAGACGUCGAGUUACAUGACUUGUACUCCAAUGUCGACUCUGUCAAGCUAGAAAGAGAGUUGCCUCGAGAAGCAACCACUUUAGGGAUGGUGCAGACGUAGGGAGAGUGAUAGAGACAGUAGCCCCAGACCCUGUUCAGCAUUACCUACGAUUUGUUUGUGUGAAGCCCAACUGCUUAUGACUGGUGUCCAUCUGAAAGUCAGGACAUAGCUUUUCUAAGCUCCUCAUUGUCGUGUUCAUGGUGCGUGGAUUUGCUUCAAGCAUGAUCAAAUAAUUUGUUGAACUACCUGCCUGUGAUAUGGCUGUUUCAGACGAAAGGCUUCCUUAGUAUAGUAGUAGUUUCUACCUUGGCGAGGUACAUACGACUUAGUACAUGUUGUGACAUUGCUGAGAUCGCUGAACAUGUCCUCCCAGCUGAAGAAAGUAUCCGUCCUGAACUCGCAGGUGGUGGAGGAUUAUACUGUUUAUCAGCUGAAAGUCACUUUUGUAGAUGCAUCCUGGUAUGUAUCUCGUCGCUAUAGUGAAUUUUACAGUCUGAACGAAGUGCUCACCAAGCAACAUGGCAUCGACAAGAACUUGUUGCCCGCAAGGCGAUUGUUUGGCAACCAACGGCACUCAGUUAUUGAAGAGCGCAAAGCCGGAUUGAGCAACUAUCUAGAUCAGAUCUGCAAGCUGUUAAACCCAUUGCCGUCAUGUAUCAAGCUGUUCCUGGAUUUUCACCGACAUCAUCCUCUGAGCAUCACGUAUGAUCUUGCACGUCAUCUGUUUCACCAUGGCGAUGAGAUCCUGAUGUCUCGCUUGCCAGUGCGUCUAUCAUCCCUGCAGCUCUUCUCCAUCACGCAGAGACUGCUUACAGAUGCUGCACCCACAGAGAAUGGGGACAAGGAAAGUGAUAUUGGCCAUCUCUUCGACGUCUUGUACUGCUUGGAAAGCUUAGAGGUGACUGGAACUGGAAGGAAGUUUCCCGAUAAUCGCUCUCUUUUGACGCAGGAUUUGGAGCCAUUCAAGAGCAUGACACAGCUCCUGGUGGAUCACUGUGACCUUGGCAGUGUUGUAUGCGCAGAUCGACUGAAAGAUCAAUUGCAAACACUUUCGGUACACCAGACAAUUUCAUCCUGCCAGGAGUUGCUUGUAAACUGGCCAAGUGAAGAAGUCCGUACAUCGCCAUGGUGUUGUUUGGUUACUCUGAAUCUAAACAAUAACCAGAUCAAGGAAAUUGAUGACUCAGUUAAACUGUUACUUCAUGUUGAGCAAUUGGAUCUCAGUUCAAAUCGUAUCCAAGUGAUUGCGAAUCUGAAGCAUCUACCCCGGCUACGGUGGCUAAAUUUGGCCCAUAAUGAGAUCAGCAGUGUGGACGCUCUACACCUUCAUCUUGGCAAUGUUACAACAUUGUUGAUACAGGACAACUGUAUCUCUAGUUUAGCUGGUUUACAUCGUGUGUUCUCCUUGGAGCAUGUCAAUGCAAGUUACAAUCAGUUGCAUCAGUUUGGUGAUGUGUCAGCUCUGAAACAUUUGCCGUCACUGGAAGAAGUGGAGCUCAAGGGCAAUCCCCUUUGCUCUGUCGCUAAUUACAGGCUGACAUUGUUGAGCAGUCUUCCCCAGCAGGUUGUUUUGGACAAGCAAGCAUGUUCAGCAAGAGAACUGUCAAAACUAUCCCAGUCCUCUGGUCGUCAUCCUGCGCCAUUGCCUGCAAGUACCACCGGUACAGAACAGAGUAGUAGUACUGCUGCAAGCAGUACAGCUGCACGCAUGCAGAAGUCUGCUACUCCUCGCACUGCAGACGGGCGGCAACGCACCUCCGAUGACAGCGGUGGUGAUGCUGAUGAUAUCGUUGUUACCAGAUCUAGAACAUCUCUUCCUCAUAAGGCAAGUCGCCGUGUGCGUUUCUCUGGUCCCUCUUCCGCUGCUGCUGCUAGUGGUAGUAAGAGCAGUAGUGCUAUUGAUGCUGCUACUUCUACGAGUGCUGACCUAUCUACUCCUGAUAGUCAAGGUGCAAACGAUGAUACUACUGAUAACUCUGUGACAACUGGUGCUGACAGUUUGCGUAAGAAAUUGGAUCUGAUGAGGCAGGAGGGCGGUGCGUCAUGGUUGGAAAUGCUGAAUGAGCUCUAUCCACAACAGUCUCGCACUUCUCAUCCAACUUCUUCUCCAGCAGCGUCUCUGGUGAAAACUCAGCGUCAACGCAAGGGCCAGAGGAAGGAAGAACAGCGGAGUAAGGCGAAGGCUGUUGCCAGCAGGAGAACAACUGUACCUUUGACACCAGCUAUUUUGCAGAUUGUGUCAAGAUCUCGCUCCCGUGUCUUCCAGCAACAACUAAGACAAGCUGCUGAGGAUGCACGGAAAAGUGGCGGUGGAGGCAAUGGCACUGGCAAGACCAGUAACUUUCUUGUCACCAAUGACGGGAAUGAGCAAAUCAUCUGCAGUGUAGAUGUCCAGAAAAUGAUUAUCCUGGAAAUCAACCUAGCUACCGGUCAAGCAGCCAACCAGCAAUCUCUCUCAUCUCUGCAAUCAGUGCAAUACUCUGAAGAUCCUUACGAGAUCACUCUGACUUUCUCUGUUCAAGCGGAGCAGUUGAAAACAGAGAAUGAGAGUACUGCAGUUGCUGGAGCUGGAGCUGGUGUUGAUACCGGUGCCGAUGCUGGUACUGAUGUUCCCAGCACCAACGUCAGUAAGACUGCAACAACAGCAGUUCACUACAAGAUGUCAAGUGUAGCACAUCUUGCUAAACUUCUGGCAAUGCUGCUUCCUUGGAGUCUGGCUAACGAUCAAACGUUGAGUGAGAACAAGUCAAUGGCUGUAUCCAGCAAAGUGUCACUGUUUCCAGUGCUACCGUUCUUGCAGGAGACUAUCUAUUUAACCGGUCGUGUGCAAGACGACAAGACCCCUUCUCCUAGCACUAGCUCUGGCCACGGCAUCAGUGUGGGGAGCAGUGGUAUUGGGAGCGACAUAUCACCUCCCGUUCACCAAUUGCUACCCACGGCCGACCAUCCUGCCUUGUCAAAGUUCUUCUACUCUUUAAUCGCUGGCUUUCUUGGCAGUCAGUUUGAAGAGCUUGUGUACGUUGGCUGGUCGUCCUGUCAGCGUUAUGGUAGUGAUGUGCGCUACCCAUGCUGUCUGAUCAUCUCCAACUCAGCCCUACAUCUUCUACGCCUAGUGGAUUUUGAAAUGGAUGGUGGGAGAAACGCUGAUCAGCCUGGGGACAGCAAUGUCACUUCCGUCGACGCCGAUUCCAGUGCCACAAGCUUGAACGUCAAUGUCAGCAGCAGCAGCAGCAGUGAUAGUGGACAUGCUAUCCGCAGUGUUUCGUUGUCAUGGCUAGCUAGCUGCUUGCUCUCCGACAUCAAUCAGGUCUCGAUUGGCUUGUUUGGUUGUAUGCUGCGCAUUCAAUCAUCCUCUUCUGCGCUCGCAUCAUCUGCAGCAGCCGGUGCACAGUCCUCGGUAUCUGCAUCCACCAACUACUGUGUUGGACUGCCUGCUGGUCCUUUUACCUAUGCUGUAUUCACACUGGAUGCUGCUUGUACGCGCGAUAUCGUCAAGCACCUCACAGGCACCAGUAUGCCUGCAAUAGGGAGCACAAUAGCAGCAGCAGCAGCAGCAGGUUCGGCGGGAGCGGCAGUUGCAGCAACAUCGGCGAUGGCAUCAGCACCAACACCGAUAAUAACAUCGGCGGCGAGCACGAAUGUAGCCACUGUCUCCAGCUCUGCUGUAUCUGAUGAUGGACAUGACAGCAGUCUACACUCUAGCAGAAACAGCAGUUCUAUGUCAGCUACUGCUGCUCCCACUACUGUUGGUGAUGGUACUGGUGCUGCUAACAGUGCUCGCGUCACUGGAGACAGCAAUGGUGCUGGUGCUGGUGCUGGUGAUGAUGUGGUUCUUGACAAGCAAGCUGCAGCUAUGGAUGAGUUGAUGAUGGCGUUGCGUAAUGCCUGUGAUGGUCACGAUAUCGGUCAACUUCUUGUUUACAAACCAGUAUUUUGGCAUUCUGCUGAACCAGCAAAGCCAACAACAACAUCCGCACCCAUGUCAGCAGCAGCAGCAGCGGCGGCAACGCCAACAAAGGCAGCCGGCGGACUUCCUGUCAGCUUAGCGAUCACCUCCAGCUUCAUCUUCUUAGUUGAUGAGGACUGUGUGCACUGGCCCAGUCUAUCUGGUGCAAGCAACUUGCCUCCAAGCACACCGCGCUAUACUGUCUGCUUGGCGUAUCACCUGCGAAGCCUGGCACUAGUGGAGAUCUGCAACAGUAGAAAUCAUAUCGGCUUGAUUGUACCUGGCAAACCACUGCCCCCAGCUGAUGUGCACAUGCAGUUUGAUGGAGCGGCGUUUCUGUCCUCUUCGCGUGCCAGUACUGAUGCUGAUGUUUCAAAUAGAUCUGGACAGCAACAUGCUGAUGCAAGUGUUGCUGGCAGCUAUAGCAACUAUCGCCAUGGCGAAGAUGAUCAAGCCGCCCCUGCAAGUAGUUUGUCUGUGCUUGCAAGAUCGUUACAAGAUGUGAGAGAGAUUGCCGACGCUCUGCGUACUCUGUGGCAAGAUCAAUUCCAAUCUCAACUAGCUAUUGUUGAGUACUCAACGCCGUCUGCUUUGACCUGUAACCAUAGCAACUCUAGCUAUCCUACCACGCACUUCAGCGGCAUUAGCAGUAGCGGUUGCACCACUGCUACUAGUGGUAUGCACAAUGAAGACGUAAAUGUUGAUACAAGUGAUGAUGGCACCAGCAAUGUGACAAGGUCGGUAGCAGCAGCAGCAGCUUCGGUUCACAGUUCUAGAGCAUGGCUCGGCGUGCCAGGUUUCGGCAAUCGUCCCAGUGUUAGCGGCAGUGACGUCUAUCAACUAUUGUCCUACUUUGCCCAACAACUCUCCAACACCGAUCAUGAACAGCUACAUUUCUUCUGUAGCUGUGACUGUCUGUGUUGGAGUGAUACCAGUACUACACAUCCUGCUGCAGCUGCUGCUGCUGCUGGUCAUCACGAUACUGCCACCGCUGCAAACUGUUCUGCCGGUAGCAACUGUGGUGUCGAUGAGAGGAGCAUGACGAUGCCAUCAUCACCACUACUCCGACAAGCUGCCCAUCAGUCGACUGGUGCAUUCCUACUUCUGUCAACUAGUCACAUCUACCUUGUCACACAGCAGCAGCAGCAGCAACAGCAACGGCAUCAUCAGUGUGCGGAUUCUCAGCAUGGAGUACAUUCUCAGCGCACCACGGCUACCACUGCUGCGGGAAGUGAAGCCGGUCAACUGGAACAACCUGGUUCUGUCAUUUUGAAUGACAGUAGUGUUCACUGUACUGAAGUUGAAGUCGACAACACAAUGUGCAGCAGCAGCAACCACAGCGGUGGCGUCCCCAACUUUCAUGUCUUGUUGUCCUUGCCGUUAUGUGACUUGCGCCAUGUGACUGUCAGCAUCUUUGAUCAGUGUGUACGCUUUGAGGGUGAGCUUGGCGGCAUGCAGACAGCACUGUGUUACUUGCUUGACGGCAGCGACGCCAAUAUACUGCUGGAGAACAUCAUCGAGCUGUUACAAGCUAAUGGUGGUGCUCAAGUUGGUGAUGCUCCAUCCACCAUGACCAACCGGAGCAGCAGUGGCGGUGGUGGCGGCGGCGGCGGUGACGGCGGCGGUAGCGGCAUUGUUUAUGGUGAAGAUCAUCAUAGUGAUGUUGGCAGCAGUAAUUUCCCUGUGUCAGCACAUGGCAUGAUUGAUGGUACAGCAGAGGAGUUAGUCAUUAACGGCACUGUUCACUGCCACUGGCCACAACCAGCUCACUUAGCUACGCUGAAUCACACAUUGCACACUGCUGCUACUACUGCUGCUGCUGCUGCUGCUGCUGCGAUUUCGCAAUCAGACAAUCUUGCGCAGCGUGCUGGUACAGAAAUGUCACCGCAGCCUCUGACAUUGCCUGGUCAAGAGCAGCAGCAGCAGCAAAUGGCAGAGCAUGUCAAUCCUGAUGCUAGCACCAGUGACAUGACAGUAAGUCCUGGACCUGCCCAAGAUGCAUUUUCUCUGCAAGAACAACAACAACAACAACAGCUGCAGGAGGAUUUUGCUGAAAGCUGUAGCAGUAGUGGUGGUGGUGGCGGUGCCAAUUUGCCCUUGACAAGCACAUUGUCCCCUUCUAGCCUACUGCAUUACCAGACUGUUUCUGUUGCAGUGCCGACAAUGCCACCUGCCAGUGGCAUCGACCGUCAUGGUAUCCGAACGUUCAGCCACAGGAGCAGCAGCAGGGAGUGUGCUGAGUCCAUUCUAUUGCCAUGUUGUGUGGCUCUGAAUGACUCUGCUCUUCACUUGGUGUUUGAGGAUAAUUUGCGUUGGCCAGCACCUGCUUUCGUCAAGGAGCAGAAUGCGAAAGAGGCGGAAAAGCGGCAGCAGCAACAACUCAAUGCCAGAAGCACCAGCCCAGGUGCCCGACAAGGUAGCAGUGACAAUACCCAUAUUGGCACCAAUACCAGCAGCAGCGUCAGUGAGUCUUGCCAAUACACCGUACUGGCAACACGGCUCUUACAUCAGCUGCGCUCUAUCUCCAUACCAUCAUACGGUAGUGGGCAGGUGUGUCUGAACUUUUCUCCACCAACACAAGGCGUCGGCAGCAGUGGUGACAAUAGCAGCAGCGGCACAAGCAGCACCAGCAGCGAUCAGAAGGCCAUGGGUGUUGCUGAGCAAGCCACAAUCGCAACUGCUUCGUGCAACCUUUCCGAUAGCUGUGAAUGGCUCAUGACAUUCAAGACGUAUGAACAGGCUGAGAAACUUGUUCGCAUUCUGCAACUGCUCUGGAGCAUGUCGAGUGAUUCGCCGCUAGCAGUGUCUAAAAUUUCCCCAAUUUGAUGAUCCGAUUGUGAUUGACGGCAGUUUCUUGAGCAUAUCAGCUGCAGUUGCUGCGGGACGGCAACUGCGUGUGAGCUGCAAUACAUGUGAGAGUUCAUUCAUACAAAUAAUUCAUAUCGCCAGUCUGUUUCUGGAUUGCCACACAGUAUGAUAACACAUAUAAACUGCUGCACGACCCGUUGUUGCCACCGGGCCGUGCUAGUCUUUUAUGAAUAUUUUUUUAUUAUACUUCGAAGUACUUCGAAGUACUGUAUUGACAAAAUACACAUUUUUUACACGUUCUUUACCAGUACUGAGUACUGCUCUGUACAUUGUUGGUGUUGAGCUAGAACUCUUUCGCUGUGGGCUGUGCCUGGCCCUGCAAAUAUACUUGUGUAUUCUUUUGUCGCUGAUUUCUGCUACUGAUGCUUCUGUCGCCGCUGGUAUGUGUGUGUGUGUGUGUGUGUGUGUGUGUGUGUGUGUGUGUGUGUGUGUGUGUGUGUGUGUGUGUGUGUGUGUGUGUGUGUGUGUGUGUGUGUAUGAGAGUAUUGGGAGGCUUGCCUGAGACCCAACCAUUUGACCUGCUCAGCUACUUGUGUGCGGAUUGAUUCCACUUGCAAAUGACCGAUAGUUUUACGGUUC